AUGUUUAGUGAACCAUUAAAAUCAAUGCUGCAACAUAUUGUUGAUCAUAGUCAUUUACGGGAUCAGCCUUUUUUGGGCGCGCUAAGCGAGAGCAGAUACGAAACCGUGCUGCUGUUGGCUUUUUUAGAAGAACAAGAGGAAAAAGUAUUUCAUUCAAGAGCUUUACGGCUUGUUUGGAGUUUCUCUCUUAAGUCUUUAAGACGUAAAGCUUUAUACCCGGAAAGUGUUACAAUCGACAAAUAA